AUGACAAGUGAAGCACAUAAACAACCGAAGAAAGGCCUGUUCGCUUGCGUUUAUGCGUCCUUCUUCUACCUCGGGUUGCUCUACCCUGUCAUCAUUGGUGUCCUCUCCAUCCCAGAGGUCCAGAAGCAUUUUGCCUACGGGCACGGCCUCAAAUUCCCUCUAUUCACGAAGUACGAUGCACCUGAAAAAUACAGCUUGGCUCCUGGUAAAACUUUCAACACAAACUUCUCGACCCCAGACAACUGCACCCUCGGUGCCUGGUUCGUCCUCGCAGACCCAUAUUACCAGAAUCUUAGAAUGUCCUCUCCCAAGCAGCUCUCGCCACUAACAAAGGACGCAGUGCUCGGUGCUAUUCAGGCAUUCCCCACGAUCCUCUUCCUGCAUGGUGCGGGAGGCACGCGUGCGACCUCGUGGCGCGUAGGGUCCUACCGCAGCUUCACCUCACGUCUACAAGCCAACGUCUUCUCAAUCGACUAUCGCGGCUUUGGCGACAGCACUGGGAGCCCGGACUCGGACGGUCUCAUCCUGGACGCGUACACUGCCUGGCGGUGGCUCUUACAGCACGGCGCGGAGCCCGAGGAUGUUGUCAUUUAUGGACACAGCCUCGGGACAGGCGUCGCUGGGCAACUCAUGCGCCGCCUAGCCAUAGAAGGUGUCGCACCACGCGGCGUCGCGCUGCUUGGGCCGUUUUCUAGUUUAAGUAAGCUCAUAGAGACGCAUGCUUUCCUCGGCAUACCCAUCCUGCAGCCGCUGCAGAGCUUUUCGUGGGGCCUCAAACUCUUGAAGUACAUCAUCCGCCACGAGUUCGACACGCUCGCGGCGAUACAAGACUUCCACGUCCCAACCUUCGUCGCGCACUCUCAGAACGACAUGGAGGUCCCGCACACGCACGCAAAGACCCUCAUCGAUACUCUCCUCGAGCCGCUGCUUCCCGAGGCGACCGUCCAGCUUCCGAGUGCACCGGGGAAGACGCUGACGACCGAGGAGUUCCUCGCAUUUCGCAAGCAACAGAAAGAGCGCAGCCUCAAGCGCGGUGAGAUUGUCAGGACGACGGACGUCCCGAAUUUUGGGAUGAUCGAGGAGUUCCAGGGUCUUCACUCCCCGAUUGUCUACGUUGAGACGUUCUGGGGCUCGCAUGCGGAAAUUGGAGCGCAAGAAGGCGUACAGGACCAGAUGGCGAAAUUGUUUGGUUUGGGUGCCUACCGCGCCCAGAGACGUGAGGGGGAGUCUGUUGUACACCGGGCUGUUCGCCAUCUCACAGAAUGA